AUGGAGUCAAUCAAAGCUGUAUUCUUCGGUCCUGAUCCGCAGGCGCAGAUGAGGAAAUGUAAUCAACUCAUUCGCGCAAAUACCCGUCAGCUCGACCGUGAUAUUUCCCAAUUGAAACAACUCGACAGCAAGACGCGUCAGUUGAUCCUCAAUGCGUCCCGUCGCGCCCAGAGAAACCCGUCGCAAGCGAAGCAGGCCAACAGUGAGGCCAAGACAUUCGCGCGUGAGCUUGUUAGAAUUCGCAAGCAGCAUGGACGUCUCACGACGAGUAGGGCGCAAUUGCAGAGUGUGCAGAUGCAAGUCAAUGAGGCAUUUUCCGUGCGGAAGAUUCAAGGCAGCCUCAAGAAAUCAACAGGCAUCAUGAAGGACGUGAACACUUUGGUUCGGCUACCAGAGUUGACCGGGACGAUGCGACAGCUGUCGAUGGAGUUGGUCAAGGCGGGUAUCAUCGAGGAGAUGGUUGAUGACGCCAUGCCGGCCAACGAACUUAUGGAGGACGAGGAGGAAGAAGCAGAUGCCGAGGUCGACAAAGUCUUGCAAGAAGUUCUGCAGGGAAGACUCGCCAAGGCAGAACCUGCCCAGGCUACCAGGCCGCUGGAGGAAGAAGAGCCAGCUGUGGAAGAGAGCUUCGAGGACCAGGAGGCAACACUCGAGCAGAUGAGGGGCCGUCUGGAGGCUCUCAAGAGUUGA